AUGAGCAACUACCGUUAUCAGGGGGGCGGCAUCGGUGGUGGAGGCGUGGCAGGGGGGCGCGGCUAUAGUGGGAUCGAGGUGCACGAGGUGAUGCAUCCGCAUCAUUUCACAUAUGUGAGCCAGUGCGUCAAGUACAUGAUCUUUAUGCUGAAUUUCAUGUUCUGGUUAUUUGGUGGCUUGCUCCUGGGAAUCGGGAUCUAUGCCUUUAUGGAUAAAUGGGUGGAGGCCAACGGGUCGGUGCGGCUAGAAAACGUAUACGAUGUGAUCCUGAACAUCUCCCUGGUCAUGAUUUUAGCCGGUAUGGUCAUCUUUCUGGUGAGUUUCUUCGGAUGUUUGGGCGCUUUGCGGGAGAACACCUUCUUGCUGAAGACGUACUCCGUGUUCCUGCUGCUCUUCUUCCUCUUGGAGAUGGCCAUCGCCAUCAUUUGCUUCGUUUGCCCGCAGUACAUGAACACCUUUCUGGAGAAACAGUUCACGGACAAGAUCAUCCACUCGUAUCGCGACGAUCCGGACUUACAGAACUUCAUUGACUUUGCUCAACAGGAAUUCAAGUGCUGUGGUCUCAGUAAUUCGGGCUACCAGGAUUGGAGCAAAAAUGAGUACUUCAACUGCAGCUCGCCGUCGGUGGAAAAGUGUGGAGUGCCCUACAGUUGCUGCAUUAACGCAACCGAUAUAUCCUCAGGACUGGUGAAUAUCAUGUGCGGCUACGGUGUCCAAGAGACUCAGGUUCCGGAGGCCAGGAAACGGAUCUGGACUAGCGGCUGUAUCGAGGUCAUGAGGAUUUGGGCCGAGCACAAUCUGUACGUGAUUGCCGGCAAUGCUCUGGGCAUCGCGCUUAUCCAGCUGUUGGUCAUCUAUUUGGCCAAGACUCUUGAAGGCCAAAUCGAACUGCAGAAGUCGCGUUGGUCUGCGUGAGAUCCGGUACUGCCCGAAUUUUACGGGCCUUACGAUUGCACCUGAACGUUGCAUACUCUCAGAAUCCUUUGUUUUGUAUAACACUCAUAAGCCGUCAAGAGUAAUAAUGGCCAAGAGUGAUUAUUAUAGGGGGUACAUUAAACAUCAAUACAAGUUCCAACAAAAGACAUUUCUGUGCCACUCCGUAUGAAACUUGGACAAAAUAGCAAACAUGCUAUUUAUAUAAUAUAAGUACAUCAACUCGAAAAAAUGAUGUGACAGUCUUAAAAUUAGAGAGUCUUUUAUAUUCCAAUUUACAUGUUUUUUAUUUUUUUUUGGUAUUUGGUUACUUAACAAAUUAUACCGUGCAAUAUUAAUAUUGAAUGUUUCUCGAAAGCCAAAAGGACAAUGAUGAUUACUGGGUUUUUAGUUUCUUAGAUAACUUAGUCCCCAAUAUAGUUUUUAUUAUAUUCAACCGACUAUACUCCAGAUGUUGUAAAAUACCCAUACAUAUUUAUAUCUCCCCCUUUUACAAACUCAUCUCAAACGAUAUACUCACGUAUGCUUAUACCAAUCCGACCAAACAACGCCAUAUUACGUUUGGCCAGUGAAUAACUUUGUAAAUCUCGAUGCAUUUAUAUUUAUACGCAAACCAUUUCCAUUAAAAAAAACACAACAAGGAGCACAAAUCUUAAAUAUGUAACUAUAAAUCAUAGCAAUUUUGGAAUGUAUUAUUAAUUUAGGAACCCUAAACCAGUAGAUUUAUAAUUAUUCAAAACAAAAUAUAAAAUAAAUUUAUUUUAAUCUGAGUAA